AUGAGCAAAGCUCAAAGGCCCAAACCCACUUCUGGAACUCAGCGUCUUGUUCUGCUAUGCAUAGUUGUGUUCGCAUUCCUCCUCCUGCUCACUUCGGUGAUCUCCACCGGAAAAUUGGGUUUGCCGUAUCAGCAAACCCUAAUCGAUUAUUUCGUGAGGUCUCCUCUCGGGAAGAGACAGCAUACGCUCUCGGAGAAGUACUUGUAUUGGGGAAACAGAAUCGAUUGCCCUGGGAAGAACUGCGAGACCUGUGCAGGCUUGGGUCACCAGGAAUCUAGCCUCAGGUGUGCCCUUGAAGAAGCCAUGUUUCUUAACAGGACUUUUGUAAUGCCUUCUGGAAUGUGCAUCAAUCCAAUACAUAACAAGAAAGGUAUACUCAAUCGAUCUGAUAACAAGUCUACAGAGGAAGGUUGGGGAGGGAGCUCUUGCGCAAUGGACUCCUUGUAUGACAUUGACCUCAUAUCUGAGAAGAUUCCAGUGAUAUUGGACGACUCAAAAACAUGGCAUAUUGUUCUAUCCACAAGUAUGAAGUUGGGAGAUAGAGGGAUUGCACAUGUUCAUGGAGUCAGUCGGCAUGAGCUGAAAGACAAUAGUCACUACUCAAGUCUUUUGAUCAUUAACAGAACCGCAAGUCCUCUUGCAUGGUUUGUCGAGUGCAAAGACAGAAGCAAUCGUAGCAAUGUCAUGCUUCCUUAUUCAUUUCUCCCAACUAUGGCAGCUGCAAAUUUGAGAAACGCUGCAGAAAAGAUAAAAGCAGAGCUCGGUGAUUAUGAUGCAAUACAUGUUCGACGAGGAGACAAGCUGAAAACAAGGAAAGACAGAUUCGGAGUUGAAAGGAUCCAGUUUCCUCAUCUAGACAGAGAUACUCGUCCCGAGUUUAUACUUCACAGGAUAGAGAAGCGGAUCCCAAAAGGGAGGACUCUCUUUAUUGGUUCUAAUGAAAGAAGGCCUGGCUUUUUCUCUCCUCUCGCCGUCAGGUACAAACUAGCUUACUCUUCGAAUUUUAGCGAGAUUCUGGAUCCCCUGAUCAAGAAUAAUUACCAGUUAUUCAUGGUUGAGAGACUGGUAAUGAUGGGAGCCAAAACAUUCUUCAAAACAUUCAGAGAGUACGAGACGGAUCUCACGUUGACUGAUGAUCCCAAAAAGAACAAGAACUGGGAAAUACCGGUGUACACCAUGGAUGAAAGAAAAGAAGAAGUUAGCUAA